AUGCAAAAUGCAGUGUCUGCUUUCACCAAAACCGGAAUUUGCCCACUGAAUCCCAAUAUUUUUACAGACGUAGAUUUUGCACCAUCACAGACAACAGAAAUAUCAUUUGAACCAACCACAAAUGUAAUCUCUCAGGAUCCAUUGCCUCGAGAAAGAACUCCGUCCCCGGAAGCAGGAACAUCUACAGAAGGACAAACAUUUUCAGAUUCUAUAAGUCUUGUAUCACCGAAAGAUAUCAUGCCGAUCCCUUAA